AGACUGACACUUGCUUUCACUUUGUCUGCAAGCGUCUUUGCUCUUAGAUUGAGUUCGUAAGUUGAGACAAAUAUUAGUGUAUUCUUUCAUAAAAUACUCUCCGGACAGUUCAGACUAUAAUAUAUAUAUUUUGGUUCAAUUGGAAGUCGGUAUUUGGUAUACUAUAAAGGCGAAAAGUACAUUAACAUUUUUUGUUCGAACAGCUCAGAAGUGCACGCGAGCACGAAUUUUGGACUAGUUAAAAGCGAGUGUGAUAGCAAAUAUGAGUUCGGAUAACAACUAUAAAAGCCCCAUUUCGGGCAUGGAUAAAUACGGCGAACCACGAAUGAGACUAGCCGUUUUACUUCGCGAUAAAAUUUUGAAUAAACUUGACAUGCCAUGGACAAUUGAGAACGGCACGUUGCUUGGCGCUUGGCGAAAUGGUCGCUUCAUAUUACACGAUGACGAUUUCGACUUUGCAAUGUUUUCCGAGAAUGACCCAAAACCCCUAAUUCCUUUCAUGUUGAGAAAGAUCAAACAGCUGCUGCCUGCUCCGUAUGAAGCGAGAUACGUUUCAACGUAUGCGGAUAAAAUCGAAGUCUACGAUCCGAGAUAUGGAGAAUAUAAUCUACUUGGGCCAAAAUACAACGGGGCUCCAUAUCAUCACUGCACAGUUGAUUUACAGUUCUACCAACGUGUCGGAGAGAAAUAUGUACCACUCUACUAUGUAGAUACAAUUGUGAAAUCAGUCUACUGCAAGGACAUGUAUCCGUUGAGUAGUAUUGAACUCGAAGGGGAAUUUUUCCAAGCGCCAUUUAACACCGAAGGAUUCCUGACAAGCUUGUAUGGAAAUCUGUCGCCGAAAGCGAAAUUCAAUACGAAAACCGGUUUUUACGAAGUAUGGGAGGACACUAUGUCUAUGAACAGCCAAAUAUUGUUGUCUGCUUGAGAAUGAGAUAUGUGCUAUCAUUUCCUGUAGUUUGUUAUCUGUUUAAUAAACAAGCGUAGCAUAGUACUGUUUUAUUUAUUGUCUGUCAGUUUUAAUCGAACGACUUCUUAUUCUACAUGCAGUUCACAAAUAUAUAGACCAUAUGAUAUAGACCCUAUUCAUAAAUCGUGAUGAGGCGUCGUAUCCUUGGAAACGGGGAAAAA